ACACACACACUCAAAAGUGACAAAUUCCCCAAACCCAAUCUGCCUUUGAAUUCCUGUUCCUGUUUGCCGGACAUAUUUGCCUUAGGAGAAGAAAGGAAGCCAGGUAUCACACUCAGCAAGGGGGUGGGGAAGCCGGCCAGAGCAUACACCCAAUAAGCGCUGACAGUCAGCCAACUUUUUCCCUGCCUGGGAAACAAAGGAAUAUCUCCUAGUAUGAGACCUUGGGAAGAGGGUUGGUCAAGAAAGGGUGGGGUACCAGGCCUGCGUUCUGUGUAAGUUAGCUCCUCCCCAGCACCCAGGACUGUCAGCCUUAACCACAGGGGAAGCAGCUUUCGGGAAGCACAGGGUUCAGGGACAGCACAAUUCAGCAUCCCAGGCUUCAAAGUUCCCUUGAGCUGAGCUCCCCCUCCCCAAAAGGGGUGGGGGUCUACAAAAGGAGCGACACCCCCUCCCUCCUAGCUCUCAGAGGUGUGUAAGCUUGCGGCCUGCCACACACACUCAGGUGGGCGACCCACCGCAACCACCCGGGGAUGAAGCCCUCGUUGGAAAAGCACUGCUUCCAGAACCCUUCCAGAACGGCUCCUGCACCGCCCUCGCUCCCCAACGCAGCUGACUUUACAGCGGCCAGGCCGACGGAAAGGAGAACGCACGGCCGGGGAGGAAGCUCGGGGCUCCUCCCCAGGGCCGGCGCCAGCUGGCCCAGGUGCGCCAGGUGCGCGGCGAUGACCCGGAGGACGCCGCUCCCGGGGCCUGGGGCAGGGUGGGUUCCUUACGGUCUCCCGCAGCUUCCUCUCCUGGUCCAGCUCGCGCUGCAGGCUGCCCGCGCGCUCCUCCGCCGCGUCCGCCUGCUCCUGCAGGCUGCGGAUCUUCCUGCGCACGGCCUCCAGCGAGCUGCUCCCCGCCAUGGCGAGGCGGCGCGGGGACGCCGGCUGCUGCGCUCCCUCGCCCGGGACCCUCGGCGACGGCGACGGCUCCGGCCCGGAAGUCACGGCCUGCGGGGCGGUGCCGAGCAGCCGGGGGCGGGCGCGGCCGGCGGGGCGGGGCACGGUGCGGUCCCGGGAGUUCGCGGCCCGCCUGAGGCUUUGCGCAUGCUCUUAGCCGCGGGGCACCCGGAGCGCAACGGCGGCUGCGGCAACGCGGGACUUGCUGCUGGGGACCGCGGGAGGGAGCCACCGCGCAGCUGGGACUUCACCCCAUUCCCAACAGCCUCCCCCACCCGGGGGCCGUGGGUAGCGGCCUGGCUGCUAAGGGCGACGCCUGCUGGCCGCGUUCCGCAGCCGCGAUUCCCACGGCCCAGCCCCAGCAAGGCGUCUGGAGCCUGCGGACCGGAGCGUGGCUCCCGGGUGUGGAAAAGCCCAGCGCACAGCACCCCCUGCCCGCAGUCGCGCACAGUGACAGCCACGGACACGAAACGUCGCCUAGACCUCCUGCCCUACUCGCAGUCUCACCUCUGGACUGGGACCUUGAACACCGACUUCUCUGUACAGGGAGCACGAUAGCUCUAGGGCCGCUCCCGGGGCGGUGGUGGGAAGACUGACAUAAUGUCUACAGAGGACUUUGCACAGUGCCUUUUUCUGCGCAAACCUCAAGUCCUUUCUGGAUGUAACUUUCCUUGCUUUGGAAGGUCUGAGAUGCUUUAAAAAGGCCCCCCAAGCAGGGCCCGCAUCCCUGGAGAGCCUCCGGGCACCUGCGGGAAAUCCCGACGGACGCGACCUCCGCCUGUCCUGCCCCAUCCCCCUCACCCCCCGCGCUGCGUGGCUAAUGCUUCCUAGGCGCAGGGCUUUCUCCCCUGCCUCGGCCACACAGAGCCCUUCAGGUAAGUUCUUGACGUGUCAAGUGUGGGGAAAAAUGAAAAGACACGCCCGCCAACCCCCUCCUCCGGAGCCCUAACGGCGAGCCGCCAGCCAGCCGGCAGACCCAGCGUGGGCCCGGCUCGCCGGCAGAGGGAGCCGCGUGUCCGCGCCUGCAGCGCUUCCCGGCGCGUGCGGGCCUUGGCGGACCGGGGCCUCGCAACAGGAGCCGCUGGACCCUGGGAAGGGCGCUGCACAGCCCAUUAGUGACUUAAGGCCCAGCUUUUCAAGCACCUGGCUAACAAGAUUUUUCGGCGAAAUCGUUUUCAAGCUGAGGUCAUUACACAAGAGCCACUGCCUGGGUUUCAGUCCCAAAGAUUCUGAUUUAAUUAGGCCAGGGUGCAGCUGAUUUGAGUGUUCAAGCUCCUCAGGUGACUGUUGAUAGGAAGAUGAGAAUGGCUAAAUUGGAAGGUAAAGACCCACAGAAGCUAAAGACAGCCUGCAAGUACCAGGCCCAUGACAAUGACUGGGGAGCGGCUGGGGCGAGAGACAAGGGGCCCUGCACUUGCCCUCCCUCACCCUCUCUUGGGUGGAAAGCCAGUAAGAAGUUCAAAACAAAGCCACCAGCCUGAGUUCAAUCCCCGCUUCCACAAAAACAAAAACAAAAAAACCAAAGCCACCAGGGAUGCUAUCUCCAAACCUUCUGCGGGAAGAGGAUCUGUGGAGUGUUGGUAAAUUAGAAAAAU